AUGCCUUCAUUUGCCUCUGCUAUAACCCUCAGGUGCUUGUCUCGACCGGACCUCGAUGGAUCUAGCCAGGAUUCGACCGCACCCUCAGUAACCGGGAUAGAAAAGGGACCGUUUGGCGCAACGGAAACCGCACUGCCCUCGUCGGGUCCUCAUUCAGAGUCUUUGCCAUGGGAGAAGGACCGUCGAAACCCAGGUAACUGGUCAAAUCUUAGGAAGAGUUGGAUCUUCUUGAUCCUGAUGCUGGACAUCCUGAACAGCUGUUUGGGAAGCUCUGUGCACAGUAAUGCGGUUGGUUUCAUUGCGAAGGAAUUCCAUGUCACCUCUCAAGCACAGAAGGUUCUGCCUAUGUCGGUUUACUUGAUCGGAUAUGCCUUUGGCCCCAUUUUAUGGGCUCCCAUGAGCGAACAAAUCGGCCGUCGAAACAUCGUCCUGGCGACCUUUGUCGUGUUUUCCAUCUUCACCAUGGCAUGCGCGUUAUCACCCAACUGGCCUGGGUUCUUAAUCUUUCGGCUCCUGACCGGGGCGUUUGCUAGUGCGCCGAUUGCCGUCGUGACUGGCAUUCUAGCCGACAUGUAUCAGAAUCACCGAAGCAGAGGUCGGGCCGUGGCUCUAUAUAUGGUUGUAAGUGUGAUCUUAAUCCUCGGCCUACGCGGAGAAUCGAAUCGAAUCGAAAAGCGACGAACUAAGACCGCAAAUCUCAACCAGAUAACUGCAUUUGGACCACUGAUCGGGCCGAUUCUAUCUGGGUUCGCGUCCCCAACACUUGGCUGGAGGUGGUCUUGGUGGAUUUCACUAAUGGUAGCCGGUGCAACCCUCGUCCCAUUGCUCAGUCUGCCAGAAACACACCGCGGAGUCCUCCUGAAGCGGUAUAAAAUCCAUGUCGACCAAGGAUCUCUGCCGCCGCAACGCAUGGAAGGCCGUGGAUUCAUGAACAGCCCGAAACUGCGCCCUAUCUACAUGCUCCUCUUCGAACCCAUCGUCACCGCGUCCUCGUUGUAUCUCGCCCUGGUCUACAGCAUCUUCUACAUGUCGUUUCAGUCCUUCCCGAUCAUCUUCCAGGGCGUCUAUGAAAUGUCACUAGGGAUCUCCAGUCUAACCUACAUCCCCAUCGGGAUCGGGUCCCUUAUCUUCCUGCCCAUUUUCUGGCUAUACGAUGACUACUUCAUCGUCCCCCGCCAGAAUUCAGGCAAGCCGCUGAAGGAAGAAUAUCUCCGGCUGCCGUUGGCUUGUCUUGGAGGCCCGCUUUUCGCAGCCUCUCUUUUCUGGCUUGGGUGGUCCGCUCGCAAGGAUGUGUCCUUCGUGGCGCCCAUGUUGGCGGGCAUUCCCUUUGGCUUCGGGUUUAUCUGCAUCUUCAUUGCUCUCAUGAACUACAUGACGGAUGCCUAUAAGACAUACGCCGCGUCCGCGAAUGCCGCAUCUAGCUGCUCUCGCAGUCUGUGUGCCACGGUUCUUCCGUUCGCCACACAUCCAUUAUUUGACCAUCUCGGGGUCGCGGGAGCCUGUAGUCUCCUGGGGGGGCUAAGUGUUGUGAUGUGUGUGAUUCCGUUCGUGUUCAUAUGGAAGGGGGAUCAAAUCCGGGCCAAAUCUCACUUUUGCAACAUGUUGAAGCAAUAG